UAGAGAGCAUCGCAACUUGUUUGAAGUUUCUCGUCUAACCACUGAUAUAGUACCUGCGAUUCCCUCCAAUCACGAACUCGCACCGAAUCCUUUUGAAUCUGUUUCAUUCAUUUUUCGCCGUCUUUGUUUUAAUGUACCGUUAAAGAUAGUUUUUGCUUCCUUUGCAGGUUAAUUGCCUGUUAACUUCUAGCUCAGUGUCAUAUUUUGCCUCCAUUCACUUCUGAAUCCAUUGAUGAUGUAAUGGUGGACAUAUUGAAUAAACUUGCAUAUAUUCAAUUGGUUGUCACCUUUAUAUAAGCCAGAUGUCAUUCAUGAUUAUAAGAGGGUAUGUUGUGGUGGUCUCGGUUCACCUCUUUGAGUACUGUCUUCUGAAACUUGACCUGAGGAUGUGUGACCAGUAAAAUGAUACUUCAGACAUGUGUUCCCUGAUCCACAAACAAAGACUGGUACCUUACUCGAGUGAGAAAAUCAACAACAAACUCUUCUUCCCCACCUCUACAUGUCAUGUGAAGAAGAGCACAAAAUGCAGCCCUACCAAAACAGUCCAGGUUAAAACAAAAAGUAGCUUGCAUCCUACUGUUAAUGUGAAGACAAGGGUCCCACGUAUCCCACAUGGCAAAGUCUCAACACGAGAGAUCCCAUUUAAGUGGGAGGGUCCAUCUCAUCGUCUGGAGAUAACACCUCCACAGGAACCAGAACGCUCCCAGUCUCCUCUCCGAAUAGAAGAUCUCGUCCCUGAUGAAGAAGAGACACUGCAUGGACUCAUCAAUCAGUACGAGAGGAAGAUCGACAGCCUGGUGACAGAGGUCAACUCUCUGAAAAAUGAGAUGAGAAUUUUUUUUGUCAUUUUUAUUGUCAUUCUUUUCUUUCAACGAAAAUAGAGAAUUAUAUACCUAGAAAAAUUGAUUC